AUGCCGACUCAAUCUCCAACACCAUUGACGCCUAAGGACUCUCGAAAUAAUCGCCGCAAUCAGAAGCGGAACAUAACAGCCUCAGCUCAGAAUGUUUCGGCACUUGCAACACCGCCCUCGUCACCACCCAAGGCCGUGAGUCCUAGAGAAGCAACAACUGAUUCUUCAAGCGCUAUCAUAUUCAAGAAGAAAGGAAAUCGUUCUGCAAAGAAGCUUCGUGAUAUAUCUAGAAUGUCCCCGGUCAAUAAACCCGGCCAUCGUCAUACGUCUUCGCAAUCGAACAAUAAUAUCGCCACUUCCCACAUGAAAGAAACACAUUAUGCCGGCCCAACUUUCCACGCAUCACCUGCGCCGUCCGCUCUACCGAUUCCGAGCUUUUUUUCUAAGUCUUUUCCUGAGUCUGAUCUUGCGCCAGCGUUCGAGCAGGACAGCGACAGUUUCGAUGCCGAUGGAGAUCUUGAGAAUACGCCGUCAAAACCUAGAUCGCGUCCACUUCUCUCACACGAACAACGAGAGUCCACGCCACUCGAUUUCCUGUUCAAAGCUGCGGUCGAAGCGAGGAUGUCUGGGCCUCAGCAAAGUCCUGAUCAGAGUCCUUGCUUUCGAUCACCACAGACCGAUUCUAAGGCAAUGCAACACCGGAAGUUCAACAACGAUAACGCUGGAAUAUUCCCUCUAGAGAUGGGAGGUUCUGACCUAAAUCAGCCUCAGAUUGGCCCUUCCUUUGCACCGUCAUAUAAAGACCGCAUGAAUGCUCUACAAUCAGCUAGCUCUGUGUCGCCAGACUUGCAUUCCCUUGAUGAGAAUGAGCGGAAGGCUAAGACGGAAGCGCUGAAGAGUCUAUUACUCAAUCCUCGUCCGCAGAGGCCGUCGUUGACCUCUCAGUCGCAUCAUGAUCAGUUUAACUACAAGCGAGAGCGACCAAUUCUCAGUCCUAUGGUGCCGCAUUUUGCUACUCCCUUGAGGACUAGCUCGGGUCCGCCAGUCAUGACUUCUAAUGGCGAUAUGUUAGACAAAGGGUCGUCUGUUUCUAAGUUCGGACCACGCCAGAGUACUCACGACACCCACUCAAGUUCCCCACAGCGUCAGUAUCUACCGGAUUCUACUAUUUUAGCUAACGGGAUACUUGCCUCCAACCCGGGAAACGCACCGACUACUCCAAGACAAGCAUACAACUUACCAUCCCGGGUCUAUCCAUCAGAGAUGCCAGCUCCACGGCAACAUGCGAACUACUAUCCUGCGUUUGAUACUAAGUCUCCCGCCUUCCAACCCCCUCCAGCCAAUGCAAGUUCCCCAGCCGUCGAUACGAAGAAGAUAGAGGAUGAUCUACGGCGAAUACUGAAGCUUGAUGUCAAUCCAAGUAUCCCAUCGAGUGAAAUCCAAAGCUCACUCGCGUAACAGCACUACUUGCGGCUUCAACACUGGUCUUACCUUCGAGCAGUCCUUUUCACGGCAGAUAUAUGGGCGCGGCUGCAACGUGCCAUCCUCUCCUUCACAGACUCAUCAGGGAGUGGCCACUAUUUCCAAUAAUCUGUCAACUCCAUCCGGGUGUCACUCGUCCUGGGUUCUAUGCUCCUUCCCUAUUAGUUACUUCCUCUAGCAGCUAGAUUCGUGACAUUAUUUCGGUGUUUUGGUAUGAUUCAUCUUAAUAGCGGCUGGUUUUGUGAUUGGUGAGGUUGAUUAGUUCGUCAGUGAGGAAUGCAUG